GUCUAAAAGCAUUCCCUGCAUUUCAUUUCUGCUCUUGAUAGCGUUUAAGACUCUUGUACUAAGUCACACUCCUAUGCUCUCUGGUCCCUUCAAUUCAGGAUGGUCCCCACGAUCCAACACCGCGAAUACGACCUCGUCCUCCUCGGUGCGACCGGCUAUACAGCUUCUAUCUGCGCUGAAGAGAUCACGAAGACCUAUCCCACAAACACGUCAUGGGCAAUUGCUGGUCGUUCUGAGGCUGCACUCAUCGAUCUAGCUCAGAAGCUGAAAGAUUUGAAUCCUGAUCGAGCUCCACUAGCCAUCGAAGUCGUCCAGCUCGAAAAGAAAGCCCUAGUAGAUUUCGCUCGAAGAACGAGAGUACUAAUCAACGGCGUCGGCCCAUAUCACCGAUACUCUACUCCAGUUGUAGAAGCCUGCGCGGAGAACGGAACGAACUACGUUGACUUCUCGACAGAAACCCCUUGGAUUAAAGAAAUGAUCGACAAGUACCACACCACAGCAAAGAAGUCCGGUGCCAUCCUCAUCCCCGCCAUCUCCCUCUCCAGCUCCCCCUCCGACUUGACCGCCUACCUCAUCGCGACCUCCAUCCGCGCCUCCCUCUCGACCGGCACCGCCGAAGUCGUGAGCUCCGGCAAGCUCGAGUUCGCCGGCAUGUCCGGCGGCUCCUUCACCACCAUCCUCAGCGUCAUGGAAACCUACGGCGUCGCCUGGUUCCUCUUCGGCUCGCCAUGGGCCAUGUCCGCCGCCCGCAGACCCGGCGCCGACACGACGCCUCUCCUCCGCCGCCUCUUCGGCUACCGCUUCGUCCCCGGCCUCGGCGCGCUGACGACCUCCUUCGUCGCUGUCUCAAACGAAAGCGUCGUCCGCCGGAGUGCUGGGCUCAGGCCUGAGGUUUACGGCCCGGAGUUCCGGUUUCAUGAGUACCUACCGGUCCCAGGCGUGCUUGCGGCGGUGUUCGUGCAUCUGCUUACGAAAGUGGGGAUUCUGCUGUUUGCGAUUCCGCUUGUGAGGACGUUGUUGGGGAAGUUAUCGUUUAAGCCUGGAACGGGGCCGGAUAGGGUGGAGAGUCGGAAGAUAGAGCGGGCGGAGUUUCGGGCGGUGGGGACGGCGGAAGGUAAGAAAGGGGUGGCGGCGAGGGCGAGUUUUGUUUAUGAGGGCGCAUUGGUGGAUGUGAGUGCUAUCCUGGCGGUUGAGGCUGCGGGGGUAUUGAUUGAGAAGAGGAUGCCUUUCGUCGAGCGGUUGAGGAAGGCGGGGGUGAAGAUUGAGGUGGAGUUGGAUCGAAAUGUUUGUUAG